CUUCCCAGUCUGGUUUUUAAAACUCUAUAGAGACUUCUCAAAAAAUGCUAGAAAAUUUAGAACCAAGGCUUACUGAGCUAUCAUCAGGAUUGACUUCUGUCAAGGAAAAUUUGGCAAUAAUGGAGCCUAUUCCUCAGACAAUCCAUCAGCUUCAAGAGGCUAUCCAGACAUUGACCAAGGCUAAGAAGAACUAUGAUACGGCGAAUUGGCUUAAACGACUGAAAUAUCUAGAGAUUUCUACAGAGGAAAUCACCAAGAACAUAUCUCAAAUCAGCCAAAAGAUGGCUCUUUUAGGCUCCAAAAGCACUUUGCUGGCCUUUGAAACCCAGGUUCUCAAAAAGGUGGAUGCAAAGCUGGAGAAGGUCUACGGCCAGGUCCAAGAAAUGGCCUUUGACCAGCAGAGUUUUAACUCAAUGAUUAAGUCGACCCAGGACCAUAUCUCAGAGCCAAUUAAGAUCGAAGUCAGGAAUAUGAGGAAAGAGACUGAGAGUGUUCACAGAGAGCUGGAGAGAACCAUGAAUGCAAAUAGGGAAAUUCUCACUCGCAUGGAAAAGUUUCGCACUCAGAAUACUCAUAGGAGGAGGUCGAUGUGUCAGACUAUUAUUGAUAAUCGCAAGCAUGUCAGUACGUCUAAUAGAUCCUCGAGGGGUAAGAAGAAGCUGUUUUCUAAAAUUCUGAAUUUGAAUCUUCCAACAAACAGGCACAGGAACAUCAGGUCUAAGUGUUCAUCUCUGAUGUAG